AUGGCCACCAUUGGUGCCAUAUCCAGUGACAUAUCUUUCCCUAAAACUUCCUUUGGAUCACUCAGUACAGUUGCAAGAUUCAUUAGCUUGAAGGUCACAGGGAGCGGUGCUGGGACAGUUGAUCACCCUCUGAAGCCAAGGAAUGUGAGACUGCAGUCCACUAAGAGGGGCCUGAAAGUCACAUGGGAACCACCCAAAGAGGCAACCACUAGACCUGUGGAGUAUUACAACAUUGCCUAUGGGAAGUCACUGAAAAAUCUUAGCUACAUCAAGGUGAAUGGUGAUACGCACUCCUUCCUUAUUGAGGAUGUGGAGCCUGGGGUAGUGUACUUUGUGCUGGUUACUUCAGAGAACUACAACGGAGUGAGUCGCCCAGUGUACAGAGCUGAAAGCCCACUUGGAGGUGAAUGGAUCAAGAUUGAUGGUUUUGCCAUUAAGGGUCCAGAACCACUUAAUGAGACCGUGACAGAAAAGGAAGUGCCAAACAAACCUUUGCGAGUUCGAGUCCGGUCUUCAGAUGACAAGCUCUCUGUUCAUUGGAAAGCACCACGUGCAUCAGGUGUGAAGAGUCCACGUAGGUCUCGAGGUUUUCUACUGGGCUAUGGAGAAAGUGGCAGGAAGAUGAAUUAUGUUCCUCUCACAAGGGAUGAACGAGCACAUGAAAUUAAAAAACUAGCCUCUGAGUCGGUGUAUGUGGUAUCCUUGCAGUCUAUGAACUCCCAGGGGCAGAGCCAGCCUGUGUAUAGGGCUGCUUUGACCAAGCGAAAAACUGAAGAGGAGGAUGAGCUAGAAGAACCUGAAGAUAUAAAUGUUCGAGUUAUGUCAUCUCAGUCAGUCCUUGUUGCCUGGGUGGAUCCCGUUUUGGAAAAACAGAAAAGGACAGUUGCAUCUAGGCAGUAUACUGUGCGCUAUCGAGAGAAAGGAGAAUCUGCAAGGUGGGAUUUUAAGCAGGUUUCUGGAAGAAGGACUCUGAUUGAAAAUUUAAUUCCAGACACCAUGUAUGAAUUCGCAGUCCGUAUUUCACAGGGUGAAAGAGAUGGCAAAUGGAGUACUUCAGUCUUUCAAAGAACACCAGAAUCUGCCCCUACUGCAGCACCUGAAAACUUGGAUGUCCGCCCCGUAAAAGGCAAACAAACGGCUGUCACUGCUUCUUGGGACACGCUUCCAGAGACAGAGGGGAGAGUCAAAGAAUACAUUCUUUCAUACGCCCCGGCUCUCAAACCUUUUGGAGCAAAGUCCCUCACCUAUCCUGGAGAGACUACUUCUGCCAUAGUGGAUGGUCUGCAGCCUGGGGAACGCUAUCUUUUCAAAAUCCGGGCCGCAAACAGGAGAGGACAGGGUCCUCAGUCUAAAGCCUUCAUUGUCGCUAUGCCAACAACUGUUACCAGUAAUCCAAAUGCUCAUCAGAGAAUGAAUAUGGAAGACAAAUUGGAUCCUAAAAAGCCUGAGCCUUCACAAAGAGUCCCUCCCUCUAAACACAUUCAUUCAUCUCUUUCUCCCAAGGGGAGAGAUGCAAAAACUCCACCUCUUGAUUUAAAGAAUAAACUUUUGACUAAUAGUGAGGUCCUCAGUAAAUCCCAGCUGCCCCCUAAAAAGAGAACAGAAUUAGGUUCUGAUCUUCAGUCAACAGAAGUCACUGAUGAUGACUUAGAUUCCCAUGCAGAGUCACCAACAUCGCAGUCUAAAAUCCAAGAUACUAAGAGAAAUUUUAGGCCACCAUUACCAAAUAGAUCCUUUCAUUCUGUCUUGGGGCCUGGAAGGACCCCAGUGAGAGCUCGAAGUCCCACGUUACCCCAGAAGACAAACAUAGAUUCACAUGAUUCUUCAUCUUCCUCUCAGGAUUCACAGUCGGCUUCCACAUCUCCAUCAUCCUCAUCUUUCCGUGAUGAUGAAACUAGGCAUUUGAGAAUGCCUAACUCUCAUUAUCCUUCUUCCAGAGUCACUUCUGUUAACCCAUCUCAUGAAAACACUAGUAAUGACCCGGUCGAUGAUGAGGAGGAGGACAAGAAAGAAAGACGUGUUAAAGACCCUCCGCACUCAAAAUAUCCUUCAUCUGGGAAGCCAGUUUCUAAAACUACAGAGCGUUCUCGGUUGGCUGUACCGUCAAAUCGACAGUCUGUUACACACCAGGAGAAGAGUCCUAUGCAUGGUGAAGGAAAAUCACAUUUGCCUGCUCAUACAAAUGCUCCAUCAGAGAACUGGGAGGAAAAGUCAAGUUUUCUAAUCCCAGCGACAAGAACUUCUUCCCAUGGGGGAACUCCAAGGGCACUGCCAACCAGGUUUGGAUCUCAUCCUCGUGUGCUAAAAAAUGAUCAGGAGGCAAGAGCCAUCAACUCUGCCAUGCCCUCACAGUCCACGGUUUCUUCUCCAGCCCGUCAUAGGGCCACCCACUCACACCUUCCCUCAGUGAAGCAGACAGCAGAUGAAAUAAAUGGCUCAGAUGAUGAGGACAAUGAAGACUAUGAUGCAGAAGAUAAGAGACGGACAGAUUCUACUUCUCCUACCUUUCGCUCCAGGUUGGCAGCAGGUCAGCCUAUCUCUGGGAACUUAAAUUUUCCCAGACGUAGGCCAUUUUCUUCCAGCAGUAGGUAUCCUAACAGGGUUAGUAGUAGCCAGGGUCCCCGGUCACAGCCUUCUAACUCCCCUCAAUCCACAACAUCCUCUAGCGUUCAUUCUCAUCAUAUUUCUGAUACUAGGGUUGGUUCAAAUACUGAGAGAGAUGAGGAGGAAAGGGAAGAAAAUGAUGAAGAAAGACCACUUCCCUCUACUAUUGUAAAUGAUUAUCUACCUUCUUCUUCAAGGCAGCCUUCUUCAUCAAGUUCAGAUCACAUGAGAAGAAUCCCCCAGAGAGUAUCGAGUGCUCAUCGAAAAGUGCCCCUCACAGAAAAUUCGAAGUCUCCACUGACUUCUCAAUCGUCCCUAUCUGAUGCACACUCUCAGGGAAAUUCACAAUCCUUUCCCAGUAAACUACACACACAAGAUGCUCAUCGAAAUACAGUUCCUGCCAGAGUAAGGCCCUCUACAAGAUCUCAGCACCAAUCAGGGUCCAGUGUACCCACAAAGGUAAUAAAUGUCCAGGACUCCAGGUCUGCAGCAGUUUCUUCAGAAAGGCAUCCAUCUUCACAUCUUUCUACUUCUAAACAUCAACUUCAUGACCAUCAGGGUAAGGAAAUGGAAAAUCCAUUGUCCAAAUCAAAACAAUUGCAUUCUGUACCAGAAAAUUCUUAUUCCUCAUCGCAAGAUGUCCAUUCUAACUCUCGCCCUUCCUUUAAAACAAGAGCUGGUCAGUCUACCCUUUCUGCCAACUCUAGAGGACAGCUCUCACCUCAAGCCUCCCAACACAGCCGUCAGGAAUCAGAAAGUAGAUACGAUGAUAGCCAGAAUUACAGCACAGAACUGGAGGACCAAGACAUCAGGGUAAAUACACAUUCUACCCAUCACAAAGACAGAUUAUCUCCUACCUCAUCCCUUUCUAAACAGGAGCAAAUAGGUGCUCAGUCUGGAAAUGCUGAUGAAAAGUCCCAAAGCAGACACACCUCUUCACCUUCUUCCAGAGGCCUGGGUUCAUCUUUGCCAGGUGGCAGGUCCAGUAGCUCCAGAGAAACCUAUGCAAAACCCACAUUACCUUUUGUUCAUUCCCGUGCUCGAGCUCCUAGCAGAACAGUAUCCCAGGUGGAGAAAAAGGAUAGUCUGUACCAAUCCACACCAUCAAAAAUAGAGCCUCCUUCCAAGAGUCCUCUGUCAUCUUCCCUGAAGUCUCAUCAGUCAGUCUCAAAUGAUGAUGAAGAAGAUGAUGAUGACAGAGAAUAUACGAGAAGAGACAAAGAGGAAGAUUCUAUUUCUUCAGUUUCAAAGUGGCCUCCUUCUUCUGGUGGUAAAUACGUAAAUAGAAAUGUUGGUAAGGAUAAAGAGAAGUCUGUAAGUUCUCUUUUUCCUCACAGAGUAAGAUCUAAUGAAGAAGAGAACUCUACUCCUUUAAAACGUCCUAUCCCUCCACCAUUAGGCAAUACUCCAAGAACCUCACAAAUCCCUAAUGCCCCUUCUAAAUUUCUCCCACGGUCCCGUGAUGCCCAGAGCCCCAUCAGCAGUACAACCUUGCAUACUACCACCCAAGCCCCGCUUACUUAUUCUUCUACCACACCCAUGCUUUCACUACGUCAACGAAUGCUAAACUCAAGAUUACGCAACUCACCUUCAAGAUACCCUCUGAGACCUCCUUACAGACCAGGUAAUAAUGGCAGACCAAAUGUAGAUGGGAAAGUACUUCCUGGUAGUAAUGGACAACUAAGUGGACAGAGAAUUAUCAAUGGCCCUCAAGGAACAAAGUGGAUUGUGGAUCUUGACCGGGGUCUGGUACUAAAUUCAGAAGGAAGGUACCUCCAGGACUCUCAUGGAAAUCCUCUUCGGGUUAAACUAGGAGGUGAUGGUCGGACAAUUGUGGAUAUGGGAGGGACUCCAGUUGUGAGCCCUGAUGGACUCCCCUUAUUUGGUCAGGGACGACAUGGCAAGCCUUUGGCUAGUGCCCAGGAUAGGCCUGUGUUAAGCCUUGGAGGGAAGCCAUUGAUGGGUCUGGAGGUUAUCAAAACAACCAAAACACCCACAACUACAUCAACAACUCGUCCCACUACAACUAAGGCAACUACAACCACCACCACCACCACUACCACCACCACCACUACCACUACCACUCCUGCAACCACCACCACCACCACCCCUGAGCCAACAACUCCUGAGCCAACCAUUCCAGUCCCAACCUGUCCUCCAGGCACCCUUGAACAGCACGAUGAUUAUGGUAACUUACUAAUCGGAGCAGAUGGCAUGCCUGAAUGCUACCCUGAGGAAGAUGAUUUCUCUGGGUUGGAGACAGAUACAGCAAUACCCACAGAAGAAGCUUAUGUUGUGUAUGAUGAAGAUUAUGAAUUUGAGACCACAUUGCCUCCAACCACUACCAAGUCCUCAACGACUACAAUAGCUGUGCCAAAGGUCAUCUCACCAGAGGGGUCAAUCAGUUCUUUUCCAGAGGAAGAAUUUGAUCUGGCUGGAAAGAAACGAUUUGUUGCGCCUUAUGUGACUUAUCUAAAUAAAGAUCCACUAGCUCCAUGUUCUUUGACGGAAGCUCUGGACCACUUCCAAGUGGAAAGUUUGGAUGAAAUCAUUCCCAGUGACCUGACAAAGAAUGACUUACCUCCUCAACAUGCUCCCCGAAACAUCACAGUGGUGGCUGUAGAAGGAUGCCACUCCUUCGUUAUUGUUGAUUGGGACAAAUCCACUCAGGGUGAUGUGGUUACAGGUUACUUGGUUUAUAGUGCAUCUUAUGAAGACUUCAUCAGGAACAAGUGGUCCACCCAGAGUUCGGGGGUUACUCAUUUACCUAUUGAGAACCUCAAACCAAAUACAAGAUAUUAUUUUAAAGUACAAGCAAAAAAUCCCUAUGGUUAUGGACCUAUGAGUCCUUCAGUCUCUUUUGUUACAGAAUCAGACAAUCCAUUGCUUGUUGUAAGACCCCCCGGUGGGGAGCCCAUCUGGAUUCCAUUUGCUUUCAAACGUGAUCCUAGCUACACAGACUGCCAUGGGAGACAAUACGUGAAGCGAACUUGGUACCGAAAAUUUGUGGGAGUUGUUCUUUGUAAUUCACUGAGGUACAAGAUUUACCUCAGUGAUAACCUGAAAGAUACCUUCUACAGCAUUGGAGAUAGUUGGGGGAGAGGCGAGGACCAUUGCCAAUUUGUAGAUUCACACCUGGAUGGAAGAACAGGUCCUCAGUCAUACGUAGAAGCCCUGCCUACUGUUCAAGGUUAUUAUCGCCAAUAUCGUCAGGAGCCUGUAGGAUUUGGCCGAAUUGGUUUUGGAACACCCUACUAUUAUGUGGGAUGGUAUGAGUGUGGUGUCUCCAUUCCAGGAAAAUGGUAACCCCAUCACCACUGCAAGUCUAGCCCAUGCCUCUCAGACCUGUCAAAUUACUUUUACCAGGAGCCUAUGAGGUCUUGGGAAGAAAAUAAAGACAGCAGUAGAGAACCUCCUAAGUCCAGGUGCUCAGAAGACCUAAAGCCAAAAUCCUAUGCACUUCUCACACCUAAAUCUGGGAGUCCGCUUCAUUACUUGACCUGGGACUGAAAACAGGAUUUGUGUUUGAUAUUCAAAGUCCACUUUGCUUCUCUGUUGUAUGUGUGUGUGUGUGUGUAUGUUUAAAAAGUCAACACACCCCCCAAAGAAAUAAUAAAUAAGCAACUGAAAUGGAUUGCACUUUUCCUCAGUGAGACUUUCAAACUUUUACUAAGCACAAAAUUUGGACGUUUCAUGUAUCUCAAAGGAACGACCUAAGCAUGCUGUGCUUGCUUAAUGGAAUGCUAAAUAAUUUUCCAUUGUUAUUAAUGGAAUCUUCUGCAACUGGCAGAGUUUUAAGCUUCAGAGUUUUAUUUUGUUUUUGUUUUUUUUCCUAUUCAGCAAUGCUGAGCUACUAAAAACACCCACCCAAGGCAACAUAGUCUACAUAAGCCAUGCUCUGUGAGUUUGCUCCACUGCUGACUAAUGCACCAAAUCACAUUGUAAAUUCACAAGGUAUAUAUGUGUAUGUGUAUGUAUGUGUAUAUAUAUAUGCAUAUAUAUGUGUAUAUAUAUGUCUGCAAGAAUAUUACUUAGAAUUGCUCAUUUUUUCAUGUCUUCAAGAUAAAUGUUUCUGAAUUUUUGUGCAAAAGGUGCUGUUUAUUAACAGGUUUUUUUAAAAAAAAAUGUUUCCAUGGAAAAUGUACAAUGCAUAAUGUAACAACUGUAGAAAGGACUGUUCCUUUUGGAAAUACUGUUAACCAUCACUAAGUCAUCUGCAUGAGUACCACAUCCAUUAGUGUUUCAAAGGGUCAUCUUGAUUUCUGGCCCCAAACUAAAUGUCUCAGUGCAGCUUUGUUUUCUUAUUUUUUCAUUUUUGUCACUUCCCUUGAUAUUUAAUUCUUGAACCUAAGGCUUUUUGUUUCUCUGUGCUACAGCAUGAGUUCUUUUUAAAGAUACACUAAUAAUUUUUAACUUAAAACCCCCCAUAUUCUUGUGAAUGUGCUCAUUUCAUCAGCAUCUCUCAUGUAGAUCCAUUUAAUGAAGACAGAUUCCAGGAACAACCCAUAGGAGACCUCUUUCCAGGCUGACAUUGUUACUUUAAUGAAUAUUGUAUCACCUCGGUCAUUCAACUAGCUCAAAAUCCACUGAAUUACACUACCAUCAGAAAGGUUCCAUCAUGCCAUGGGCAGGGGGAAGCACUGUCCUGCAAUCCCUAAGCUCCACCUUUAUAUACCACAGUGGUCUAAGUAU